AUGGCUGAUCAUCAGAGAUCGCUACGGGGCUCCUCAGCACUGAGCUUGAUUCUAGCGUCGUCGACUCUGACCUGGGCUCUGCGAGUGCGGACACUGUGCUUGGCGGGUUCCAGCACGGACGUGGCCGCUGCUGGGACUGUCGUUCUCUCCCUGACUGCAGUGCUGUUUCUUGUUGACGUUUCCGACCUUGGGCACUCCAAGGCGGCUAAGGGGUCUAUACGCUCACCGGAGGAGCACGCGGGCUUUUGGAACAGGACGGCGUUUGUCUGGCUGUUGUCCACGUUCCGGCUGGGCUAUGCCACGGUCCUCUCGGCAGAUGACUUGCCGCCGCUGGACGCGGGACUGAGUAGCAGGGCGACCCACGAACAGCUUGAUGCGGCAUGGAGCAAGGCGGAUCAUCGGCGACGAGACAGUCUGUUGCGCGCAAGCUUCGCCAGCCAUAGAUGGUCGUUCCUCUCGGCGGUCGUUCCGCGCCUGAGUCUAACGGCUUUUACCUUUGCGCAGCCGUUUCUCAUCGCGGCCACGAUACAAUACGUGGACACGUCCCGGCCGGAUAAGCACGUUGGCAAGGCACUCGUUGUCGGCUGGGCGGUCGUCUACCUCGGGAUUGCGGUCAGCAACUCUGCGUAUAGAUACCAGCACGCUCGCUUCAGGACCAGAAUGCGAGGGAGCCUCGUGGCACUGGUUUACGAGAGGACGCUGGAGCUCCGUGUGGCAGAUAGGGGCGACAUCACGGCGGUGACGCUCAUGGGUACGGACAUCGAGCGCAUAGCCAUGGGCAUGCAGUUCGUACACGAAGUGUGGGCCUCGAUUCUUGACGUCGGCAUCGCGAGCUGGCUUCUGGGGCGGCAGCUGUAUCUGGCGUGCAUUGCUCCCAUUGUCCUCAUCCUGGUGUUUGUUACCGCGACGUCCCGGCUCUCAUUGCAGGCAAAGGAGGCCCAACGUCGCUGGGUUGAAGUGGUCGAGAAGCGCCUACAAGCCAUUACGGCCUUUCUCGGAGACAUCAAGGCCGUCAAGAUGCUCAACUUGGCAGAUGUCAUGCAGAAAACAAUCCAAGGCCUGCGGAAAGAGGAAGUCGACACGUCGCGCGAUUUCAGAAAGCUUCUGGUGACGACACUUCUCCUUUCAAUCACACCGCUGAAUCUCGCCCCAGUCUUGACCUUUGCCGCGUACGUCAUUAUAGCGCUGUUCUGGAGGAACGAAUCGCUGUUGGCGGAAAAGGCAUUUACGUCGAUUGCGCUGAUAUCUCUUCUCACGGCUCCUGUCGUCAUGUUCGUCCAGGGGCUGCCGAUUGUGAUUCAGUGCAUCAGCAGCUUUGAUCGCAUACAAGAGUACUGCAACUACGGCGGGAAAGCCGCUGACACGGAUGAGCCGUCCAUGAACAGCGAUUCUGGCCAUUACUACGAUGAACCUGGCGCUAGGGGGCAACGCAACUUCGCCUGGCGACGGGGUGGCAAGGCAGUGCUGAAAGACGUCUCGUUGACACUUAUGCCGGGGACUAUAACGGCCUUAAUGGGCUCGGUCGGAAGCGGAAAGUCGGCCUUGAUACAGAGCUUGCUGGGCGAGCUGAGCGAAGGCCAGUCCGCCACAUCUGGGCCAGCUGACAAUCCCUUGGCUCGAAACGGCGGCGCGGCGUACUGCUCUCAGGAGCCUUGGUUGGAGAACGGAACCAUCAGACAGAACAUCAUUGGGGCGUUUCCAUACGAUGAGCCCUGGUUCCAUACGGUCGUUAGAAGCUGCUGUCUGGAUGCUGACCUGAAUCAGCUCAGCCAACGCGACUUCACAACCGUAGGCAGCAAAGGCCAUAACCUCAGUGGCGGGCAGAAACAGCGAGUUGCAUUGGCACGGGCUGUGUACUCCAGACAGCCGCUGCUUCUCUUGGACGACGUAUUCAGCGGUAUGGACGCUCGCACAAGCAGACUGGUUGCGCGGAGACUCCUUGGGCCGGAAGGGCUACUUCGAAAGAUACAUGCGACAGUGGUGCUAGUAACGAAUAAUAGGAACGUCAUGGCUUUGUCGGAUACCAUCAAGGUCCUCAAAGACGGGCAUCUGAUACAUGCCGAAAACGAUGACGAGUGCCUCGCAACAUACAAGCUUGUUGAACAAACAGAGGUACCAGAAGAGGGGCAUAGAGAGUGUGAACACGACUCGUCCGAAGAUGGAGAAGAGGACGGGGUUAACGCAAAUGGCCAUGUGUCACCCGUAAAGCAGGAUUUACUCGAUAGGGACCUCUACGACGGCAGCCGCGAGCAUGGAGACAAAGGAGUGUACAGAUACUACUUCAACAGCUCUGGCCACACGGCAGUUUGCAUGUUCGUCUUGUUCAUGAUUUUGUGGACAUUCUGCAACGAGUUCUCUGCGAUAUGGAUCAAAUGGUGGUCCGCGGCCAACGCAGAGCAAGCGAAUCAAAAAGUCGGCGUGUACCUGGGCGUGUACGCAAUGCUCGGUAUUGCGGGAAGCAUGAGCGCAUGCGCGACUGCAUGGUUUGCGUUUAUUCACAUCAUAUCCAACUCGGCGAUGAAACUCCAUGCAGACGUCUUGCAAACAACGGUUGGAGCAUCCUUUCGGUUCCUAUCGACGGUGGACUCGGGGACGCUCUUGAACAGAUUCAGCAAGGACAUGGAGCUCAUCGACAUGGAGCUUCCGUCAGCCAUGGUCAACUGCGUCUCUUCUAUCUUUGCUUGCAUCGGGAAAAUAAUGCUCAUCGCGGUGUUCUCGCAGUAUUUCGGAAUACUCUUGCCAAUUUUAUGCGGCGUCUUGUAUCUCAUACAGAGCGUCUACCUCAAGACAUCACGCCAGGUGCGGCUGCUGGGUAUCGAGGCUCAAGCUCCCCUGUACACCCGCUUUACCGAGACAGUGGACGGGGCGGUAACGAUACGCGCGUUCCGAUGGCAGCGGGAAUACCUGCGGCGGCAGUACUCCGUCAUCGAUGCCUCUCUCAGACCGACGUACAUACAGAGCUGCAUGCAGCACUUGCUCGGCUUCGUUCUCGACUGCACAGUCGCGGCCGUCGCGGCCGGCCUGGUUGCAACGGUGGUCAUUUUGGGGGACGAGUUCAGCGCAGGCAGCGUCGGCGUGAGCCUGGUCACGGUUGUAGGCUUCAGCGAGACGCUGGCGCGCUUGGUGCACUCGUGGACCGGCCUGGAGUCGAGCAUCGGGGCGGUGUCGAGGGUGAAGCGCUUCGUGGACGACGUGUGUCCGGAGAAUACUGGUGGGGGUAGGGUGUCGCUGCCUCUCGGGUGGCCAGAGACGGGGGACAUUGAGAUAUCGAAACUGGUUGCCUCAUAUGGGCUGGACGAAAAGCCGACGCUGGAGGACAUAUCCUUUUCGAUCGGUCGCGGAGAGCAUGUCGCGAUAUGCGGCCGCACAGGGAGCGGUAAGAGCUCGCUGCUACUCACCAUCCUGGGGAUGAUGGAGAUAGAACGGGGAAGUAUUCGCAUCGGCAACAUGAACGUGUCGGAGAUGCCCCCAUAUGCCUUGCGAUCGCAGAUCAGCGUGGUCCCGCAGGAGCCGUUCUUAUUUCCAGCGACGAUUCGUUCCAACGUCGACCCGUCGGGCGAGCUCUCCGACGCACAAGUAACAGAUGCGCUCCGAAAAGUGCGCAUGUGGGAUCUCGUCCAAGCAAAGGGCGGCCUCGACGUGGCGAUGGAUGCGGCCGCGUGGUCAGCAGGACAACGGCAGCUACUUUGCUUCGCCCGCGCUCUGGCGAGGGAGUGUCCGAUCCUCCUCCUGGAUGAAGCCACCAGCAAGUGCGUAGCCCAUGCCGCUUGGUGGCGCAGAACAGCGUAGGAACCCGUGAUGCUGACGGUUGCACAGCGUGGAUGAAGAUGCCGAGCGCCUUAUAGAGGACAUCAUCGACUCCUCUGAACUUCAGCACUGCACCGUGCUUGCCGUCAUGCACCGUCUCGAACACGUUAUCAGGUACGACAAGGUGGCAGUGCUCGACGGCGGGAAGCUCAAGGAAUACGGCACGCCACGCGACUUGAUGGCCGCGAAUGGCGAGUUUGCCGCGUCGUACCGGUCGUCGUUGGAGCGCCGCGAGCGAACUGCGAGGCAAAAGAGCGUCGACACCCCUGGGGGUGGCAGACAGCGUGACACGACAUGGACAAGGCUGAGGGGGUGACACACGGAUCACACCACUGGCAGAGGAGGCACACACGCACACACACGAGCGAGGUUUGUGCGAUGUCGCGUCUGUUUCAACGCGGAAGCUUGUUCCGACGACGUGGGCGUUUCCCUUUCAUCAGCGGCGCCGGUGCGAUUGAGGACUGGACGGAGCCCCUGAAAACCCGCUCCAGACGCGAGCAGAGAAAGCCACGAGACGAAAGCACAUAUUCACGCAGGCAUGUGAUGAUGUGCGCGUCCAAGCGCCCCAGCCCAGCCCAGGCCUGUGUAUGCGCUUCAAGAUCAUCCUUGCAUGUGAGGAUUUUGUUUUGUUACCGUCUUACUACUCCCUCAACCCGCGGGAUGCCGCGCGAAUUUCCCACGAGAGAGGGAGGGAUUUUGCGACUCGUCCGAUGGAAAAAAAAUUUCCCUCGAACCAGGCUGCAAACGCCUGGCGUACGUUAUUGUCUGGUAGCAUCCACAGAGCCCAGACCCCUUUUCGACAGUCUGGCGCUCGCCGUGAACGAGGCAAUAAUAUUAUAAAAUGGAUACGACGGGCUUUUUGUGUGCGAGGGAAGGAAAACCACUCGAGUACAAGAGUGGUAUAAGACGAGAGUCAUUGGAGGUGGUAGCUGUUCGGUACCUCACCUACCCAGUUAGUCCCCGUCCACGACGGGACCCAGAAAUCAUUUUGUAAGAAAAAUACCUAGCUCGGGAUUCUUUUCAGCAGCAGACAGACAAGACGCCAGAACGACAGCCGGGAUAAUAACAGAAACCCACAUGGGUGAGGGGCACCCAAGCAACGGGAAGCCCACUGUGGCCCCGUCAUCCCGACCUUGGCGGUCCGGGCCCAGCCAGCCAGCCAGUUACAGCUUUGUCGUAUGUACUGUACUUUGCACGCAGUAGUAGUUCGUAGUCAGCCCAUCGAGCAGAUGGUGCGGGCGUCGGGACGACAGCCGCGGCUGGCUGGGCAUGCACACCCCAUGUGCAGUGUGCGUGUCGUGAGGUGGGACCGGGCGGGCCAUAUAGGAGGUUGCCCCAGGGCUCAAGCUGGG